GUUUUGUGCACAGGGACAGGUCAGCUCACACCUGUUCUCUAUACAAAGCUAGCAUGCCAUUGCCGCCAUAGAAACAAGAGCAAAAACCCUCCACCAGAGAGAGAGAGAGAGAGAGCAUUGAGUAAAGUCCAGAGAGUUCUCUCUCGUUGUCAUCCAACUUUACCUUCGCAAAUGGCGAAGCCGAAUCGCGAGUCCGAUUCCGAUGAUGGCACAGCAACAAAAACGUCAGGUUACAACACGAUCUUCAUCGAUACCAAUCUCGACACCCAUCUCAUCACGAUUGUUUCUGAUUCGGAUACUGUUUCCGACCUCAGAAAGAAAAUUAUGAUCGAGCACCCACAGUGCUUUCCUGACUUUGGGGAGAUAAAAAUCCAUGCCUUAAAGGUGAAACGUAAAGGAUAUUUCUAUCACCUAUCAGAUUCUAUGCUUUUUAAAAGUGCUUUCGAUGGUGCUAGGAAAAGCUGGUUUCUCUCUGUUGAUGCUUCUAGUUUAAAGCAGCACGGUGAUAACCAAUUUACCAGCAAGCUUGAUGUAGCCUUACCCUGCGUAACAAAAACUCCUUCAGGUGAUAGAAACAAUCUUUUACCUGAUAGUUCUUCGAAAACGUUAUCUCUUCUUGAUACAUCACCACUGCCACAAAUUGAUACAUCAGCGCUGCCACAAACUGAUACAUCAUUGCUGCUACAACCUGGAAUCAUCCAGCACAUGAACCAGAAAGUUCCUGAGAGUGGCCAGUCUUGUCCAGGUGAAGUUUUGAAAAAUAAGGAGACAGAAGUUACAUAUGUUACUGAUGAUCUUUGCAAAAAUUUGUCCUGUGACUCCAAGCGGUUGUCAGAUUUUGAAGUGGAGAAGAAUGAUCAGCUUAGCGAGGGAAAUAAAAUCCCAGAAACAAAUGUGGAGCACAGAGAUGGUGACUGCCAAGUUGGAGUUAGUGAUGUUCAAUGCAAUGAUUCACUGGAAGGAUCUUUGAAAACUGGACCUCCUUCAAAGAAAAGGGGCAAAUCCAAGAAGACGAGUGAAGAUGAUGUAUCUGGUUUCACUUUGAAUGAUAAUAAUGUUUCAAACCUUGCAUCUGAUAUAUAUGGAUCACGCCCAGAGAUCAUUGGCCCUGAAUUUUCUUCUGGUAACACUGGUAAAGAAGUCAUAAAUGAGAUGGAGAUGGUAAGUGUGGAUGUUGGCAAGGAACCUUGCAAGACUUCAUUUUCUGAUAUUAAUAUAAGGUCAGCUUCAGCAGAAAUCCCCAAAACACAAGUUGAAUGCGGGAAUAUGAUUGGUGAUGUGCAUUGCAAUGACACAUUAGUAGAAGCUACAAAGUCCAUGUCAACUGCAAAGAAAAAGCGUAAAAGAGAAAAUGAAGGAGCUGGAAAUCCUUCAGGAGAAAACAAAUAUUUGCUUUCUAAUUCUAAUAAAGAAACUUCCAAGCCAAAUGCUAUAAACCCUGAGAAAUCUGUAGACGACAAACAGAAAACUACGACUGCUACUUCAGAUUGUUUAUUUACUGAACCUCCAGAAGAUGUCCAUUUGGUAGCCAGUCCAAGCAGGGGGAAGAACAAGAGGAAGAGGAAGAGGAAGAAGAAGAAGCAAUUACCAAGUUCUCACGACCAAGUGGUCACUCCUGAGCCCAUUUCUCUGCACAACGUUGGAGAAGAGAGUUUGAAGGAAACUGUGGACAUUGUUGCCAUGGAUUCAAAUAGGCUAUCUGAUGCUGUAAUAGUUUCUGAGUCAAAUGUUCAGCGUGCAACACUUUCGGGACCUUCUGGAGACUCUCAGAUGGAAAAACACCCUGAAUCUGUGCAAGAAGUGGUCGAAGGGAACAAAUUACCUUCUUCAUCAAUAGGCAUUGAUGUUAGUGGACCUGAUGCUGAAAAUGCAAAAGGCAGAAGUGGAUCAAAAGCAACGAAAAAUUCGAAGAAGCAUCACUCCACUAAUGUGAAAGAGUUUCCUCAGCUAGUCGUCAAUGAGUUUGAUAACCUGAAGAAGGAUGUUACAGACUAUGGGCAUGAAAAUGCUGUCACUGAUGAUCACAAGGUUGAAACUAAUUGUCCUGAUAAAAUUGAAGAGCAAAGGAAAUUGCCACAGAACUGUGAUCCUGAAGCUAUGCUGUCUGGAAAUUGUGAACCUCUGAAUCAAGGUGAAGCAGAUAUGCAUACAAAAGCAGCAGUUGCCUUAUCUAAUUUGUCAGAAACCAACAUAGUCAUGGGAUCUGCAAAAUCUGCUGGCGGUAAAAGGAUCAAAAAGACAGCGAAGAAAUCUAUUGCAACAAAGCUGGUCACGUCAAGCACAGACUCUGGGCAUGAAAAUAUUGUCACUGAUGAUGACAAGGUUGAAACUAGUUGUCCUGAUAAAAUUGAAGAGCAAAGGAAAUUGCCACAGAACUGUGAUCCUGAAGCUAUGCUGUCUGAAAAGUGUGAACCUUUGAAUCAGGGUGAAGCAGAUGUGGGUACUAAAGCAGCAGUUGCCUUAUCUAAUUUGUCAGAAACCAACAUAGUCAUGGGAUCUGCAAAAUCUGCUGGCAGUAAAAGGAUCAAAAAGACAGCAAAGAAAUCUGUUGCAACAAAGCUGGUCACGUCAAGCACAGAGCACACUGAUAAUUCCACAAGUGGGCUUUCUUCAACUACGCCUCGUUCAAUUUUUACUGAUCAUUCAAGUGUCAAAGCUAAGAAAGUGAAAAACAUCUCUGCUCAGACUGAAAGGACAGAGAUAUUGAAGCCAAAAAUUGUGGAUACUUCUUUCAUUGGUGCAAAUCGGGAAGGAGAUGACAUGAGUGGAAAUGGGGUGGAAUCUUUUCCAUUAACUCAGGUAAAUAGAACUCAAGGGAAUGCUGAAAAUGUGGAUGGGAACUCAAGAAAGAAAUCGAAAAAGAACCGAAGCUCUGAUGCAAAGGCCCUCACAGAUUCUCCAGUGAAAGAGCAAGCAAACAAAGUAGGGUCUCUCCAGCUAAAUCAAAGUAACAUGAUUCGAAGGAGUGAAGAAAAGAUGGAUGAGGAAUCGGGAAAGAAAAAAAGAUUGAAUCAAAACACUGCUGCAAAGAGUCUUCCAGAUUUUCCAGCCAAAGAGCAAGAAUUUGGUGGUGAGGAAUUAACUCCUUCAAAUGGCAGACAGAUAGAGGUGGACACUACUUCCAGAACUAAAAGGAAAAGUAAAUCGGUCAAAACAAAUUCCAAGAAUCAGUUAACUGGACAGGAGUUGGAACAUGGUUCUUUCCAUCCCCAACAGAUAUUGAAGACUGUUGAUUCGACCCAAGUUCCAUUAUCAGAUGUUGAUGAUAGUGCUCUUAAGAAUGGCAAUAUGGAUAAUGCGGAUGGUCACAUAGAAGUUUCAAAGUGCGAUGGUGAUAUGGUUAACUUCAAGGAUUACUUUGUGUCUGUAGAGCACAAGCAUGAAGUUACACCUGUUGAGUUGGUUGUUGACAAGGCAAGUGAAGAGAGAAGAUCAGCUGGGGACAUGAAAGCUAAAAAGAAAGCCAAAAAGCUUGUUGUAACCUCUUCAGCCACCUCACCUGAUCUACAGAACUCACUCAAGUUGUAUGUAAACCAGGGAAGUGAAAGAAAAUCUCAUGGUAGAAAUUCUAGUCACGUUCAAUGUCAAGAAUCAUUGUCGAAAGAUGAGCACAAUGAGGUUGGGCUUCACUCCAAGUCUUCAAAAGUUUCUAAGAACGUGGUAAAAGCUCCUGAUUCUGAUCGUGCUGAACAGAUCAAAACCAUACCUCAAGAAGCCAAACAGGUUGGUGCUGUUAAUGGUUCUAAGACCAUUGGCUCUGUGCCUGCUCAUCCAAAGAGAAACAAUGAGUCUUCAUCUGCAACAACCUUAGGCUCUGAAAGUUCUGAAAAAAAUCUCCGAAAUAGAAAGGAAACCAAGCAUCAAUUAAGUAUGGAUCGCCAUCAUGCGAAGGUUUCGAAAGCUUCCAGUAAAACAAUGGGGAAAGUUGUGAACAGUUCACGGUCUGAGAAGGGUUUGUUGGCUACUCCUGGUGCCAUUUUUGGGGAUGGUAGUAGUGAGAGUUCUGAAGAUGAAUCUGGGGCUGUAAAUUCAGAUGCUACCACCAGAACCCCAUCAGAUAAUUCGUCUUCAUCAGGUUCCUCGGAAGUGGAAAGCAAGUCAAAUCUGGACUCCCCAAGAAAUGGAUCUAAUGGUGCGAAAGAGAAGGAUGGGAAAAACAUCAUAAAAUCACAAGUUCCAAGCCCGAAGAACAUAACCAUGAAUAUGAUUCUUAGAAGUUCAAGAAGAUUCAAGAAGGCCAAGCAUGCGGCCACUCAAUUACAACUUGAAGACACUGAAAGUCAGCCUGUUGAUAUUGUUCCAGACAGUCAAGUGAACCAGUAAUUACUUAAGGUGGUUUUCUUAUUUUGGAAUUUUGAUUUUCUACCAGGAGUCCUCUUUUUUUUUUUUUUUCUUUUUGACAUGGGUCUUUUAAGUUUUGAGAUUGUGGCACCGCACCAGCGUCCUCUGCUAAGAAAUAUUUCUACCCUUGUUUUAAAGUUUUGAGAUUGUGACACUACACCAGUCUCCUGAGAUUGUAGUUUUUGAGUUUUGAGAUUGUGGCACUACACCAGCGUCCUGAGAUUGUGGUUUUUAAGUUUUGUAGGUCUCACACCCUCGCUCUCAAGUCUUGCUAGACAUGUUUUAAACAAUACCCCACGUUUGUUUGGCUGACUAAGUACGGUGUGAUUGUGUGGGGAGAUUAUUAGUAGGGUAGUAGUAGGUUGGAGAUAUAAGAUAAAGAGUGUUUGUUUCAUUAGAUUAGUAAUACUAUUGAUAGUAUUAAUAUGCAAAAUUAAUCA